GUUUCUUACGCCUGGGUGGAGAGAACACGAGAACAGGACAGCAGAGACCAGAGGCGAAGAAUCCAGUGGCUGCGAGUUCACACUGAGCCUCCUGAGCCGUGAAAGGAAGUUGUGUCUAAACGUGCAAGGGAGGUGGGGAUUUUUUUUGUUGCACAACUGUGGCGACUUUGCACAAAGAGGUAGCUGAAGUUUAAAGCACAUACCACGUCGUGCCAUACAGAGGAGAGAAGAGGUGGAGGAGGAGAAGAAGGGGCAGAAGUUUCCGCUGGUUUGUUUUGUCGUUGCGGAGCUGCCGGUGAAGCCGCAGGAAUGUCGCAAAAAGAGAGACCCGCUUUCUACCGACAGGAGCUUAAUAAAACCGUGUGGGAAGUCCCGGAGCGCUACCAGAACCUUUCUCCAGUUGGCUCCGGCGCGUACGGAUCCGUGUGUUCAGCGUAUGACGUGAAGACAGGCCUGAAGGUGGCGGUGAAGAAAUUGUCGAGACCCUUCCAGUCAAUAAUCCAUGCAAAGAGAACCUACAGAGAGCUGCGGCUGCUGAAACAUAUGAAACACGAGAAUGUCAUUGGGCUGUUAGAUGUUUUCACACCAGCGACGACCUUAGAAGAGUUCAGUGAUGUGUAUUUGGUGACCCACCUAAUGGGGGCUGAUCUGAACAACAUUGUAAAGUGUCAGAAGCUGACUGAUGACCACGUCCAGUUCCUCAUCUACCAGAUCCUCAGAGGUUUAAAGUACAUCCAUUCUGCUGACAUCAUCCACAGAGACCUGAAGCCCAGUAAUCUGGCAGUGAAUGAAGACUGUGAGCUCAAGAUUCUAGACUUUGGCCUGGCACGGCACACAGAUGACGAAAUGACAGGAUAUGUAGCCACGCGGUGGUACAGAGCCCCAGAGAUCAUGCUCAACUGGAUGCAUUACAACAUGACAGUGGACAUCUGGUCAGUGGGCUGCAUCAUGGCUGAACUGCUCACAGGACGAACACUUUUCCCUGGUACAGACCAUAUAAACCAGCUGCAGCAGAUAAUGCGCCUGACGGGGACACCCCCGGCCUCCCUCAUAAGCAGGAUGCCCAGCCAUGAGGCACGGAACUACAUAAAUUCCCUCCCUCACAUGCCGAAGAGGAACUUUGCUCACGUGUUUAUUGGUGCCAAUCCUCUGGCUGUGGAUUUGCUGGAGAAAAUGCUGGUUUUGGACACGGACAAGCGCAUCACUGCCUCCGAGGCCCUCGCCCACCCCUACUUUGCCCAGUAUCACGACCCCGAAGAUGAGCCUGAAGCAGAGCCUUAUGACCAGAGCUUUGAAAGCCGUGAGCUGGAAAUCGAGGAGUGGAAGAAGUUGACCUACGAGGAGGUCGUCAGCUUCAUCCCGCCCUCAUUUGAUGUUGACGAGAUGGAAUCGUGAGGAAGACGCAUCUUUUCCAAGAGACACUGUUGAAGGACUAUCAGUCUCAUGUGACUAUCCACCACUAUCAUCGCACACACCUCACAAA